AGUAUUUUCCCUCCUAAACGUGAAGCGCAGCUUUUGCCCUAACAUUUUUCUCCCCUUCAUUCUUUUCUCUCUCGCAGUACAUGUCCAAGAGCUUUUCAUUUCGCAAGUUUGCAGAGCUGGUACAUUUUGCUCGCUCCCCUUCAUUAUUUUCUCUCUCGCAGUACAUUUUUCUCCUCCAUACUUCUCCUCCAGAAUUCAUCACCGGCCAGCAUCUCCACCGCCCAGCUUCACCAUCGGCCAGCAUCACCACCGCCCAGCUUCACCACCGCCUAGCAUCAACACCGGAUUCUCAGUCACUCUUCGUCGGCCGUUCUUCACAGUUAAUCUUCGCCGGCCGUUCGUCACAGCAGCAGCCCGAGUCUAGUUGCGUCCUCCUCUGCGUCAUCUCCACCGGCGACGAGCUGAAAACUGCUAGGGAAGCAGUAAACUAUAGCCUUGUUGAAAGUGCUGUUGGAGCAGUCACAACCGCAGGCGUUUGUUGGAAGUACUCAAAGAGUCCUCAUGGUUUUCACAACUCCAAGGGAGGGGCCCUUCAACAAAGAGGAGUUGGAUGAAGUUCGAGACAAGUGGGCUACUUACUUCAACGAUUGUGAAUUACCCUCAGUGUAAUAAUUAGAGCAGGCUUGUAGUUAUUCGUGACUCUUACAUUAUUUUGUUAUUUAUCGAUUUAAUUAAUUACAUUUGAAUUAAUUCUGAAAUAUUAUUGGAAAUUUGAAAUUUAUAUCAUUUUUGAGGAAUGUCAAGAUGAGGUUUGGUGAAACAGUAUUCUAUAAAUUAUAAUGCAGAAUUUUAUAUUGCAAAA